AUGUCAGCGACCGCAAGCAAUGUGCUGCAGCCCCACGAUAUCCGAGUGUUGAGGCAUGUAUACUAUCAGACGGGCCUCAGCCUCCUCUUUUACGGCAUGCAAUCGACUCUCACUGUCGCCACUGUCAGUAUCCUCGCGACCAAGGAAGGGCGGUCGCGCUGGAUGCUUGCCGCCAUUGUCGCAUUGUUUGUUAGCUCGACCGUCGAAGCGGCGCUCAUGACAGUCUUCUAUCCGCUGCAAAUGCCUGGAUGGCUGGGAAAUUCUUUGUGGACGGGCGAGUUUGUGGCCUUCAUGAACCGCAUAAAUGCUGCGAUAGCUGUGUUCAAGCGGUUGAAUUACAUCAUGAGCGACACGAUCGUCGUGUGGCGGGCCUGGAUAUUAUGGCCUGAUAGUCGCUUCGCCAAGGGCGCGCUGCUCGUAUGCAUGUGCGGGAGUGUAGUCGGCGCUGUCACUGAUUGCGUGUGGAUUCUCAAACCUAUAGGGGUUUACCAAGUGUCAAACGCACGGACGUUAAUGAUCACGAUUCCCCUCUUGCUCACCAAUCUCGUUGCAACAACGCUGAUAGGCGCUCGAAUCUGGUGCUAUCGUCGGGAUAUAAAGAGCGGACUCGGCCUCUCGAAGAGGACGCAAGUCGAAAGUGUCCUACGUACGACGCUAGGGAGCUUACUGCGCAUCGCGUCGAUUGUCUUCCUCGUCCUGAGCUACAUAUCAAGAGACGACACGCUCAGUCUUCUCCUGCUGACUGGCGUCGUCAUCCAUAACAUCGCGGGCAUAUACCCGACCAUCGUCAUCCUCAUUGUCGCCUAUGGAAGGAAAGCGCAGACGGAGCUGCGUGCGCAAGUAUCCCACGAUUUGCGCUUCGCGCUUUCACUUGAUGUGCUCUCGGAAAGAAUACACUCAAGCAACAUGGGGAUCGCCGCAGACAGCGUCAGCCUGUCUGUGCUAUCCAAUCACGACGAAGACCCUCAGCCAACGACAUCGCGGAGCUUUGCUAACUCGCUACCGGGCUCGCCAGAUGCCCAACCUAUGGCGCGUGACUGAAGGCCUCUGAAAGGUAUCUUUGAGGGUCGACGAGGACCCGAGGAAUGGGUUUAUACGAGUACCAGCGGUUCCAUUUGCC